AAAGAGCCAUAUUUUGCCGGGAACUCCGAUGUGUUUACAUUUCCAAUCCCGAAAUUACGCCAAGGAUUCUUUUCGUAUUGCGCCGCCUGCAAGAUGCCCAAACAAACGGUGCUGAAGGGUUUGGCUAAGUGCAAGCAUCCAAACAGCAGAAAAACACAAGCUUUAGCCCGGAAGAUAAAAAAGAUCAGCAACCGAGAAAAGAAAAAACUGGGACAUGCGGCCAAGGCAAACAUUCUUGGCAUGAAACUGGCGUGGUUCGCAGAAAAGGUGGAAGGUCGAGAUCAACCUAUUACGCCGAUCGAAUACGAACAGCUGAUCGACCAGUACCUACAGCGGUUUGAUGAAGAACUGGAACAAAUUAGGAUAGUGCAAUCGAUCGGAAAGCACCGCAUAAACCAACAUGCCUCUCGGGAAUCGGUCAUUCGGACGACGAUUGACACGGAGAAGCAGCAUUUCGCUGGUGGUGGGAUCGAGCUUCCAGACCUGUGCAAUGCGGAUCAUUUCAAGCUGUUCCAGGAGUGGAAUGGAGAUGCAGCGACUGUUCAGCACCUUGCCCUAAAGUUUGUGUCAAGAAAAACGCUACAAUCCAAGGCAGUGAACAAUGAGUCCACAAAUAAUGAUCAACAGAUGGCGGAAUCGUAGUAAUAUAUUCGGAUAAAGUGAAACUUAA